UUCCAAACCCAACGGUAGCAGCAUCAGCAAAAAUGUCACUCGCGAUGGUUUCGGUUUUGGCGCUGGCCGGUUUGAUUGGUCGCGUCGAGUGCGGUCUGCUGGACAUGUUCAAUGCGAACUCGGACUACAACCUGGCCCAAUCGAUGGACACGGUGUUCGGAGCGUUGCAAAACGACAUCAGCUACAUACUAACGGGGGAUUUAACGAGUACGGUCGAGGAGGAUGUCACAUUUUGGUGCAGUAAUGGGACCUCAACUAAGCUGAAACAAGUAGAUGUGAACGACUCAAAUGUAGGUCAAAAAGUUAAUACUUCGAAGGAAGUGAUAUUCAUCAUCCAUGGAUGGCUGGACGAUAUGUCACGAAUGUGGUUUCAACAGCUGAUCCAAGACACACUAAAGUUCACCGGAAGUAACGUAUGUGCGGUAAACUGGGGUCGCUUGGCACGGUACAAUUAUUACAGAACGGCCGUGAAUCACACCAUUAUGGCUUCGGGGCAUCUGACGAAGUUCAUCCAAUAUCUUGAAAGUGUUGGAGUGCCCUUGAAUAAUAUCACUUUAGUUGGUCACAGCAUGGGUGCCCAGAUCAGCGGCCAGGUGGGGCACAAACUCGGUGGCAAAAUUGGACGUAUCUACGGUUUAGAUCCAGCUGGGCCCUGCUUCACCCUCCCCAGGGAUCGGGGACUGCAAUACCGGUUGGAUCGUAGCGAUGCUAUUUUUGUGCAAACAAUCAUCACCGCGCGUCUAACGAUAGGAGUGGGUGUAGGCGAUGGGCACGAAAACUUCUACCCCAAUGGGGGAGUUUCUCCACAGACGAACUGCGUCAUUCCGUUGACCAGUGAUGCCGAGUUCGCGGGCCAGAUCCUGUGCAGUCACAUGCACGCGGUGACGCUGUUCCGAUUGUCACUGAAUCCGGCCAAUGUGUACCGUGGGAAGAAAUGCAUCAACUGGCCAGCUUACCUUGUGAGUCUGUGCGCUUUGAAUAGAGGCAACGUGCUCGGAAUACGAAGCGAUAAAUCAGGUGGAGAUUACUUUUUGCGGACGUCGGCUUUUUCACCAUACACGGUGCGGUUUUAGCAAGUGGUGUCACUUAUGAUGGAUUGCAACUAAUAUAACCACAUAGAAAUAAAAUUCAAUCGAUCAAAAUGAGACAUAUUACAUGCUUUUGAAAGUACGUGAAUACUUUUGUAACUGUUUGACCUGAAAAAUAAAGGAAACAUGAAGUGACUCAUAA